UUUAGAAUUCUCACAUAAAUCAUUAGAUAUUAAGAAGAUUAACGAUGAGAAUGAAAAAUAAUACGCGACAGUCACUGCUUAACUUGAAUGUUGUCUUCAUCCACACUUCCUUCGGAUUCCAACACACCAAACAGAACCUCCACCUACGCAAUCCAAACCAAAUUCUCUGUUCUCUUCUUUCUCAACAUUUCAAUACUCAAUUCCAUCCCUCAAAUCACUCUUCCUUUUUUUCUCUUUCUAACAUCCACUCCUUUCUCUCCUAAUUAUUAUUAUUUUAAUUUUCUUUUCAAACAAACACUUUUUUUGCCAAUUCGAUUUGCUUCAGCGUCGAGGAGCCAUCGUCGAUUUGUUUCCCUUCUGUCUGAUCUUCUGAAUCAGUGUUUUACAGAGAGAUGGGUAGCCCCGAGAAGAAUGAAAAUAAGGGCUUUUUCGCCACCAUGACUUCCGGCUUCUCCAUGUUCAGCAGCGCCAUGCACCGAUCUGUCAACGGGAUGCUGGGACAUGAAGGGGUAGAAGUCAUAAAUCCGGAGGGUAGUAAAGAGGAUGCAGAGGAGGAAGCUCAAAGAGGAAGAUGGAAACCAGAGUUAUUGCAGCGCCAUGGGCUAUAUCUGUGUACUUUGCAUAUCAACGAACCAGGAAGCCUUUUAACCCUAUCCUUGGAGAGACUUAUGAGAUGGCUAACCAUGGUGGAAUUACAUUUCUUGCAGAACAGGUACAUUUCUUGAGAUAUUUGUUAUUUGUAUAAUAAAUUCGACACAUAAUGAAAGAUAGAGAGAAAAGUAUGGAAUGUAAUGAGUGAUACCCAUAUGAUCGGGGAGAUGUUAUAAGUAUAUUUUUUAUAUUUUUGUUUAGGAGAUUUUUUAAUGAGAGGAGGAAAACAAAAAUCAACUUAUUAAUCACAUUUUUCCUGAGGAGAAUAUAUGUGCAGAUAAAAUUAACUUCUCAUGGUAAUUCUACUUAAGGUUUUUUUUUGUGAGA